GUCGCAUGUGCGUGACGUGACAAGUAAAAAGAACAUGUUGAAAAAGUACAUAUUCAUAUGCGUGGAUCCUGGAACAUUCGCUGUCCGUUCAUCAACUGCAACCUUCUUCUUCCCGUUUGAAUCUCCCCUCCCCUCCCAUAAAAAAAAUUAAGGAGCCCCGUAGCCAAGUGAUUGAGUUAUUAUCAUGACGGACUCAAUCGACAGCACAUCUCUCUCAAGUUUGGUUCCGCUAGAAGCAGUACUGUUUGACAUUGAUGGAACACUCUGCGAUUCAGAUCCCCUCCACUUCUAUGCUUUCCAGGAAAUGUUUGCAAAAAUAGGUUUCAACGACGGGGUACCUAUCACGGAGGAGUUCUUUGUUAAGAAUAUUGCUGGAAAGCAUAAUCAAGAUAUUGGCAAUUUCCUGUUUCCCGACGACCAUGCAAAGGGUGUAAAAUUUAUGGAAGAUAAAGAAGAGGUGUUUAGAAGAAUGGCCAAGGAACAAAUUAAGCCUAUAAAUGGCCUUGACAAAUUGACAAAAUGGAUAAAAGACCGCGGUUUGAGACGAGCUGCUGUUACCAACGCUCCUAGGGAAAAUGCUGAAAUGAUGAUCUCUCUUCUUCGCUUAUCAGAUUUCUUUGAGUAUGUAAUUAUCGGGAGUGAUUGUGAGCGUGCCAAACCUUUCCCAGAGCCCUAUUUAAAAGCACUCGAACUACUCAAGGUGUCGAAAGAUCACACAUUUAUAUGUGAGGAUUCUGUUUCAGGAAUAACAGCUGGGGUUGCUGCUGGAAUGCCUGUUGUUGGUUUGACCACCAGAAAUCCCGAACACUUGUUAAAGACAGCAAAACCAGCACUACUUAUUAAGGAUUAUGCAGAUCCGCAAUUGUGGGCUGCUUUGGAAGAGAUUGAUAGAAAGACAGGCGCGUCAACAGGUUCUGCCUGAAAUAUUCAAAUCAAUUGCCAGCAACAUGUCGUGAAAGGGACGAAAAACAGUACAAGAAGAUAGUUGCAAAGGACUUUUUUUUAUAUAAUAAUUCUGUCCACAUUGAUGAAACUUAUUCUUUCGACGUCAUGCCUCUGUAUCUUCUGUAAUAUGUCCUUAUUGGAAAGGAAUUUAAUAAAUCACUAAGAAAAUAUUCCUGCUCUGUAAAAUAUAUAUGAUGACAACCAUGAGAUGUUAUACUAAGCGGGUCGUCUUGUAAAAUGAACAAGUAAGAUUGUAGGUUGAGUUUUUCUUUCAAUG